AUGCGGGGCCUGAUGGCGGCUGCCCCCCGCCCUGGCCAGCCCAAGGCGCCUCCGCCGGCCGACGGGGACGUGGCCGUUCUCCAGCCUGAGCUGUCCUUCCUCAGAGAGGGCAGCAGACGAGAGCUGGAGCUCAGCCUCCGCAAGAGACUCAUGCACCGGCGCUGGGGGCUGCCCAGGAGGAUCCAGGAGUCGGUGCGGCUGCUCCAGCCUGCCUCAGCGCACGCGGAGCUUAGGCCCCAUGGACCCGCGGAAAGGGAUGCAGAGGGGCCUUUCCUGCUGCCCUGGCACAAGAGCACCGUGCACCUGGAGCGGGGCGUGGGGAAAGCCAGGAGAGUUGUCACUGCUCCCCACCCGUGGCUCAGCCUGGGACGUGACGCUCAGGAGCGGCUGCAGAUCCACGUGGCAAAGAAAUGUGUGGAGACCCGGCUGGGGGCCGUCCCCGCUGCAGUGAGACGCUCUUGGCAAAGGCUGCAUCUCGUGUCCCGGCUGCCCCUCCCCAAGCUGAUCCCUGCUGGGGACAGAGCCCCGAAAGCCAGGAGCCCCCUGCUGCCCUUCGUGCACCCAGAGGGCGUCUGCCUCCUAGAGCUGAAUGUGCAGCACAAACAUCUCACAGCCCUGUGGGGCCUGGGCACUCUCUACUCCCAGUCCCUCAGCAGGAUGGUUCCCAGGGCGCCCCCUGGGCCAGUUCCACCCCGUGAGGCUGAAGUCGAGUUCUGGGCACGGGAGGCUCUGUUCCUGGGCCUGGAGGCCAGAGAGGCUCUGGAGCUGCACGUCAGGAAGAAGAGGCUGCAGCAUGAAUGGGGCUUCCCUGCACUCAUCGAACGGUCGCUCAGAGCCUUUGUGCCGGCGCCCCCGCUGCCGGGGCCGACCACAGGCCGCCAAUGCGCCGAGCUGCACGUCCUCGUCCUGGUGCAAGAGCCUUCGCUCAUGGACGGGGACACGAGAGGCCGCCUGGAGCGUCACCUCCAGAAGAUGACGCUGCAGCGGAGGUGGGGCCUUCCCCGGAGGAUCCAGGAGUCCUUGCGGCUGUUUGCUGCUUUUGCCCCUCCGGCUGGCCCGCAGCUUCCUGGGGCUGGUGGAGAAAAGGGCGUUGGGCAAAGCCGGCUGGGGCCCAGCCAGCCAGACGUCCCCUCAGGGAGCCGCUUGGCAAGAGACAGCAGAACCCAUGGCCUUGCUGCUGAGCGGAGGGAUGAGCUCCAGCGGCAUCUCGCGAGGAAGUGCCUAGAGAUCAGGCUGGGGGUGAGGCCGGCCCUGGUGAAGAGAUCCCAGAGAGUGGCCAGGGAGGGGGAGAGGAUACCCCUCCCCAGGCUGAUCUGCGCAGGCCAGAAGCCCCCCAAGCCCAGGGCCGGCUCCCUGGUCUGCCUGCCGCCCACAGCUAUGAAUACACUAGACAUGAACGUGAGACACAAGCAGCUGGUGCAUUUCUGGGGGCUGCCCACGCUGCGGGAGGUGUCCCUGUGGAGGAUGAUGCCGAAGGCUCCGGCUGUGCUGCUGGGGAGCGCAGCAGGGAGGGCCUGGAUGCAGAUGGGCCUGGCUGGACGCAUGGGGGCUGAGGAGCCGGAGAGGAACGGCUACAAGGAGCCGCCUCUGGUCACGGGGCCGCCUCUGGUCACAGCCAAGGCCAGGGACCGUCUAGAGAGCCACAUCCUGAGAAAGAAGCUCCAGCACGAGUGGGGCUUACCGCGUGUUGUGCUGAGAUCCCUGGGCGUGUUCACACCCCCACCGCCUGGGAGGGGCCCCCCGAGGCAGGUCCAGGCCCCAGCCAGCGAGAGCGUCGCCACGGGCAGCCUGCUCUUCCUGCACACAGAGACCAGGGAGCGCCUGGAGUCACACGUGAGGAAACUGGCCCUGGAGCGGAGAUGGGGCCUGCCCAAGAGGAUCCUGGAGUCCUUAAGGAUGUUCCUGCCGCCUGCCCCACCAGGAGCAGAGCCCAGAGGCCAAACCCAGCCCCUGCUCCAUGUCUUCCCUACACUCCCCCAAGGUCCUACAGCCCUCUCCACGGGGCAAUCGGAAGAGCUCCAGCGAGGCCCCAGGGAGCCCCUCACCCACCGGUCCCAGCACUGGCUUGAAAUGGGGGUAAAGGAGGGCGAAGCCAGCUGCCCUGAGGCAGUGUCCCAACACACCCUGGGGAGCAGCAGCAGGAGAAGCCAGGAGACCUCCCAGACGAGCAAUGGGGAAGGGCCCCCCAGCUCCCCACGCCACUUCCCGGAGGACAAGGCAGAGCUGAAAUCCACCCUGGACUUUCCCAGGAAGAAGGUGCUGGGAAUUUCCCACAGGGCCCAGGAGUCCCAGAGACGGGCCUUGCGCCCGGUGGCCCAUGAGUCUUACCCACAGCAGAGAGAGCAGAGCUCUGAGGAAAGUCCUGGGCAGUGGAGGACCCACGAUGGCAAAGGAGCUCCGCGGAUGGCGGGGCCUGGCAGGCGCUCCCGGAGCUCGUCUGUGGAGACAGCCGUUUGGAAUGAGAAGAGGAUCUUGUGGGAGCUGGAAUCCAGCUUCAGGAGAAUAGCCCGGAGCCGCAGCCGCCAUGGCCCAGGGGGGAAGCAGCCUCUGUCUCUGGAAAUCGUGGGCCACCUGGAAAUGGGCCAUUGCACAUGCUUGGACUGUCCAUGCUGCAAGCUAGAGGGGUGGGAAGGCGCCCGCUCUCCAGGGGCCAGCUCUCCUGGGUGGCAGACACAGCGUAUCCAUGGAAGGGGGUCAGCAACUCUCCUAGGAGAUGCGGCAGCUCCAAGCCCUAUGCAUGCUGAGCCCAGAUGGCAGGGGCAGGGCACUCCCAGCAUGGCAAAAGAUGAACUGCCUGCCUCCUCUCCAUCGUCUCCGGAGGGCAGCGAGUCCAGGGCCUCUGACUGGUCUGAGGGAGAAAGCUCUUGUGCAGUCUCUCGCCCAGUGCCCAAGGGGCCCACGCUGGCACGGGUGCAUCUUGCUUCUCCGCGGGCCGCGGCACACCGGCUGGACAUCCACCUGGCGCAGAAGGCCCUGGGCUCCUUCAUCCUGCCACCCUGCGUCAUACGCUCCCAGACCAUCUAUGCUGACACGGCAGCUGAGCGGCUGAGAGCCGCUGCCCAGGAACACAGGCGGGAAAUUAACAUCCGGCUGCAGCGCAGGAGGGGCCGGAAAAGCCAGCUGGGAGGGCCCCAUCAGGAAGCCCUGGGAGAAAGAGCCCGCCCCGCGGGCACAGGAGAGCCGGGAUUCCCGACAGCUGGCUCCUUGGGCCAGAGACUGAUCAGAGAGUCCCAGAGCCAGACAAACCAGUACCUGUGUGAGACAUGCCAUGGCCUCUUCACCGCCGGUGAGGAGGGACUCAGCCCCCAGCCCUGUCCUGCCAAGGGGGCUGGGAAGUCAGACGUGGCGAGAACUCAGCUAGAGACUCAAGUGCUCCCGAGGGACAGGGAGAUGUCAGGUGAUGCCUGCAGAGGGGAGCAAGGUGCAUCCUACCAGCGGUCUCAGGAUCUGGGCCAUGCAGCUGGCGCCCCCCUGUAUGAAGGUCCUGCUGGCGCUGAGGAUGGAGAGGAAGCGGGGGGCCAGACGUGCGCCCCACUAGUACAUCAUCCCCAGCCUGUAACCAGAGACAAUGUGGGAGACAAAGUUUCGUCCGCAGCCUCCAAUGAGCUUGUGGGCUCCCUGUCCAGCAGCCGGUGGCCAGCCAGUCCCUCGGAGCAGCGCCCGCGUUCUGCAGAGGGGCUGUCCCAGUUCAGCACCGAGGGCGAGUGGGAGAUGGUCGGGGACUGGGACAGCGAGGCCGUGGCAGCCUGGGAUGCAGAAGGAGAAGGCAGCCUGGGGUGGAAGGAGAGGAGGGACACCAAGGGGCGACGCGGCAUGAGAGAGAUGCCGGCGGAGGGGACAGGCCCCAGGGCUGGAACCAACAUGAGGCAGACAGAGGCCCUGGUGCACCUCCAGGGAGAGGGGCUGAGUCACUGUCCAUCCCCUGCAAGGGGAAGGGCUCCACCUUCAGGGGAAUCAUGCUGGGCUUCCUCAAACGCGUCACCUCCAGGGCAUCGGUGGAGAAGAGAGGGCAGGUCAAUGGCUGCACCACACGGAGCCCCGCCGCCCCCUCAGAAACUCGCCCCAUCCCCCAAGAUCGUGACCUUCAACGCCAACGUCCACGUGCGGGCAGAGGUCAGGAGAUGCCAGCUGUGUUCCAGCGCGGAGGAGAUGGACGGUGCUGGGAGAAAGGAGCCAGCCGCAGCUGCUCAGACCAGGGGGCUGCCAGGGAAUGGGGCUCCCCAGGGAUCUGGGGCAGCCUCCCCCGAUGCCAGGCGAGGAGACAGCGUGACCAGGGGAGAAGAACCUUCUCCAGAGGAAACAGGGCCCUCAGCAGAGUAUGGUGGAUACCAAGAGCUGGUGACCCUGAGAGUGACCGAAUGCAGGGAGGGGAAGGUGCAUGACCCCAGUGGGACGCCGGCUGCAUCAGCGGGACCUUCCGCCCCGUGGCCACCCCCCCCAGCCUGCCGCGCUGCCAGGGACGCCAGAACAACCGGCAGUCACAAGGGAGAAGGAGGCAAAGGAGUCUCACAGUCUGGCUCAGCAUCCCUGGGCUCCAAUCAGCCGUCUCCCAUGGAGUCCUCCAGAACAAAGCCCAGAGAGCAGAGGGGUCGGGGACUCAGCCCUUCUCACCCACGGGGCCGCUCCAGGAGCUGGGUGGAAGGCCCGCAGUGCAGUGGCAGGGCCAGAGGACCAGACAGCGAGGGGAUCCAGGCCCGCAGCAGAGAGUGGAGAUCCGGCAGCAGAGGGAGGCCUACCGGUAGAAGAACAAGGUCCAGAAGCAGAGAAGGGGAAUCCCUGGUCCAGAAUCGGCAGGGCACACGCAGGAGGCCAGGCAAGGCCAGGUCACACGGGGUGGCCACACCAGCCAAUGGCGUGGGAGGAAAUGCCAUCAAGGACACAUCCGGGACAGUCGGAGUGUCUAAUCUGGAGCGCCGUGGGCACUGGGCCAAGCUGGAAACUGAGCUUCCGCAGCCAGGGUCACGUCCUGGCAAGAGUGCAGGCCAGGUGUGCUGGUUCCACCAGCAUCGUGCUCACGCCCACCUUUGCUACGUACACGACAGAACGCCAGCGCUGCGCGGAGAGAACCUGUGUGCUCUGCGGGAGAGGAUGCAGGCCCGGCGGAGGAAGCUGUCCCCGUCACUCAACAACGCCGCCUCUGAAGAGGAGAGCCGCCUCCGGGCCUUGGACGAAAGUUAGU